AUGUCUGAAAAUGAUGUCGGAGGCUUAUCGACUACACGAAAAUGCUUAAAGAGAACACUUGAGGAUCUUGGGGAGUUUCAAUCACUGAAUAAUGAUGAGAAGGCUCGAGCUCUUUUGAGUGCUGAUGGUUUUAUAUCUGAAAAGGCUCACUUCAAGGUUGUCAUUCAACCUUCAUAUGUUCAACAAAGUUAUUUGGGUUUGCCAGCGAAGUUUUUUAAGGAAAAUCAAAUCAAGGCCGCUGCUUAUGUCACCCUUCGGGUUUCAAACGGAAAAACUUGGUCAGUGAAGUUCAAUUAUGAACAAUCAAAAGCCACACUCCAGCGUGGUUGGCUUGCAUUUGUAAAGGACAAUUGUCUCAAAGUCGGUGAUGUGUGUGUCUUUCUCUUGAUUAAGGACAUUAAUCUUUUAUUUCAAGUUGAAAUUUUGAGAGCUACAAUCUUCCCCGUGCUAGUAGUGGCUGGGCAUAGUAGAGGAGCAACUGUACAUGUAGAAGAUAAUAGAAGCUCAAUGAAAGUGGAAUCUGAUUGCGGUAUGGACUGUGGUAUGGCUUCUGUUAAUCCUUCUCCUCUUGAUAUUGGCAAUAAGAACAAAGGAUCAGAAACUAGUGGGGAAGUUGCUGAGAGGCAUUGCUCAUUUUUGAGGGUUCCUAGGGAUAACCUCGAAGCAGCCAGCAAGUUCAUUCCAAAAAAUCCCUUCUUUCGAGUCACUAUUCGGGCUUAUCACCUUGCGAGGUCAAAUAAUGUACCAGCCAAUUUCAUCAAGAAAUCCAUAAAGCGACUACAGCAGAAACAAACAGUGAUGCUUCAAGUUAAAAAUAGUUUAUGGCCUGUGAAUUUGGUACCUCGUACUCAAGGAUCAGCUGGCAAACUUUGUGGUGGUUGGAUUACAUUUGCCGGGGAACAUGAUUUGAAAGAUGGUGAUGUUUGUGUUUUUGAGCUUAUGGAGAUGAAAGCCAAUAAUAUUGUACUGAAAGUUCACAUUUUUAGAUGUGAUUAG